CCAUUAGCAUGGACGGUGCAUCGUGGUCCCGCCUCAGCACUUGUUUUCUGUUCUUCGUGCCACAGACGUAAACAACACUCGAAACUCGUUUCGCGACCCGGCAUUAGAUGUUGAUUCUUUGCAACAUUUCCGCUAUCGUAAUUCAUGCCUGCUUGGCAAGCUAAAUUGGGUUUCGAUGAAUCGUUACUUAAUCAAUCUAUCGUACAUCGGCACUCGGUUUCGUGGCAUUCAGCGCAAGAUCGACAAAAGCGUCGGCCAGUUUAAGGAUCCACACACCGUACAGGGAGUCAUCGAGGAAGCACUGUUGAAGUUGCGACCUGUUAAUGAGCCCUUGCUGAAACUCUCCAGUCGCACAGAUACUGGCGUCCAUGCGCUGCAUAAUACCGUCCACGUAGAUUUGCAGCGCCCGAAUGGAAAACCGUACACUACGGAUCGUAUUACGCAAACGCUUAACCGUGCCUUUGAGAAGGAUGGUCAAUCGCUGCGUAUUCUUAGCACCGUGCACGUUCCGCUUACCUUCCACGCCCGAUUAUGUGCCAAAUCGCGCACUUACCUGUAUCGGUUGGCGGUGCUGAAGCAAGAGUACGCCUGUGAUCCCUCCCGACCGCAUCAUCCACACACACGCUUCAUUCCCAUAGAGGAACACGAUCGAUGCUACUUUUUGGGACAUCCGCGGUUCGAUAUCGAAACUUUCACCACGAUUGCUCGGAUGUUCGAGGGGAAGCAUGACUUUCGAACGUUCAUGGCCGUUGCUAAGGGCAAUCCUCGGCAACAGGAAGCGAUGCAUUCGGUAAGACACAUCGAUCAGAUUACGGUGGAACGCGGACAAACGAUGACGGCGGCAUUCAAUAGGGAACGGACGGAACAGUUUUACGACUUUUGGGACGUACGGAUACGGGGACGAUCGUUUCUAUAUCGUCAGGUACGGCGCAUGGUAGGUGCGUGGGUAGCUGCAGCUGAAGGACGGAUCGACGAGCGCGACAUCUAUCGUAUGCUUACUGUGCCGUCCCAAAAUUCCUGGUGCAGCAACGUGUUCGUAGCACCCGCAUACGCUCUCUAUCUUUGCCACGUGUCGUACGAUCCGCUUGAUUUGGCCUUCCCGAGUGCAGCUGCCGAAGCGGGUGACGAUGGCCAGCUUUCUCGAGCAACUGCGCAACCGCAAGACCGAGUUGCAGCGCACUGAAACAACCGUCACGUACAUGGACGGUAGCCGCAAAAUUUUCCGUAACAACAUCGAGUUCGAUGCACCACCACGGUUGGGUUUCAUCGUAGACAACAGCCCCGAUCAGGUGCCGGCUUGCAUUGUGUCCCAAUUGCUCUAUCUCGGCUCACAGGAUUGCGUGCGGGAUGAAGUGCUGGAGAAGUACGGCAUUACGCAUGUGCUCAGCGUUGGCAUCGAAACACCACCGAUCGUGCAGUACGACUGCGAUGGCCAGCGUAUUGUAGAGACGAUGUUUGUCGAAUGUUUGGACAUACCGGAGACUAACCUGGCGGAGGUGCUGGUAAAAACGAACGCUUUCAUCGACGAGUGCCGAGCGCGCGGUGGGCGUGUGUUGGUCCAUUGCAAUGCGGGAGUAUCGAGGUCGACGGCGGUAGUGACGGGUUAUCUGAUGCAGCGAUGCGAUCUAUCCUUCAUGCAAGCGUUCGGGAUGAUCAAAAGCAAGAGACCAUGCGUGCAACCGAAUGCUGGUUUUAUUAAACAACUCAAGCAAUUGCAAUCGUAGUAGCCGUGGUCUAAUCAUUUCGACCUGCAGUGUGUAUACACCAUCCUAGGUUUAAACAGCAAUAUGAGUGUUAGUUCGUAGAGAAAAAUGCGCUCGACCACGUAACUUAAGCUAGUAGUAGUAGAAGUAGUAGUAGUUCCCGGCAAUGAACGGGAAAACCGGCUAGAACCAAACACAUUUGUUAAACUGCACACACAAACGAUAGAGUUAAAAAUAUAGCUUCCCCUUUUUCAUGGGAACUAGUAUCGUUUAAAAUUAUUGCACGGUGACGACCGUGUUUCCGCGGCUCUUGGUUCAAGAGUAGUUUGCGCACAGACCAUUUGUAUGCUGACGGUCCAUCAAUGCCAUUAGAGUAAAUAAAACUAUGCAUAUACUUUUA